UGGGAGAGUGGGGAACCGGGCGCGGAACUGCCGCCGCCGCCGCGGCCGGGAGUGGUGCUGCCCAGCCGGGGGCCCCGGCGGCCCGAGGGGCGGAGGACUCUGGCACUGACAGCGCGCACUUGACCCGCAGUUGCGACGGGAGGACGGAGCUGGUGGAGCUGGAACCCCAUAGGUCACCAGUGAAAAUGAAGGCGGCUGAUGAGCCUGCCUACCUGACAGUGGGAACUGAUGUCAGUGCCAAGUACCGAGGUGCCUUCUGUGAGGCAAAAAUUAAGACCGUGAAAAGACUGGUGAAAGUUAAGGUACUCCUGAAACAGGACAAUACUACACAGUUGGUGCAAGAUGACCAAAUAAAAGGUCCUUUAAGAGUUGGAGCUAUUGUUGAAAUAAGGACAUCCGAUGGAUCCUUUCAGGAAGCUAGUAUCAGCAAGUUGACAGAUGCUAGUUGGUAUACUGUAGUGUUUGAUGAUGGUGAUGAGAGGACAUUGAGACGCACCUCACUUUGCUUAAAAGGAGAGAGACAUUUUGCUGAGAGUGAGACACUUGAUCAGCUUCCAUUAACAAAUCCAGAGCAUUUUGGAACUCCAGUAAUUGCAAAGAAGACGAACAGAGGAAGGAGGUCCUCUCUUCCUAUUAAUGAAGAUGAAAAGGAGGAAGAAACUACUGAAGAUGAAGAUGAAGAUAAGAGACGUCUCAAUGAUGAAUUAUUAGGAAAAGUUGUAAGUGUGAUAUCUACUUCUGAGAAGACCGAAUGGUAUCCUGCUUUGGUAAUAUCUCCCAGUUGUAACGAUGACAUCACAGUGAGAAAAGACCAGUGUUUAGUUCGAUCAUUUAUCGAUUCUAAAUUUUAUUCUAUAGCAAGAAAGGAUAUCAAGGAAGUGGACAUUCUCAAUUUGCCUGAAUCUGAGCUCUCUGCUAAACCAGGGCUACAGAAAGCAACCAUCUUCUUAAAAACUAGAGUUGUUCCUGAUAAUUGGAAAAUGGAUAUAAGUGAAAUCCUUGAGUCAUCUAGCAGUGAUGAUGAAGAUGGCCCCCGUGAAGAAAAUGAGGAAGAGAAGGAAAAGGAGGCCAAAAAGGAAGAAGAAGAAGUGCCUGAGGAAGAACUUGAUCCUGAAGAGAGGGACAACUUCCUCCAACAGCUUUAUAAGUUUAUGGAAGACAGAGGUACUCCAAUCAACAAACCACCUGUUUUGGGCUAUAAAGAUCUCAAUCUCUUCAAACUCUUUAGACUGGUUUAUCAUCAGGGUGGAUGUGACAAAAUUGAUAGUGGUGCUGUAUGGAAGCAAAUUUAUAUGGACCUUGGAAUUCCUAUUUUGAAUUCAGCUGCUUCCUACAAUGUAAAAACUGCCUAUAGAAAGUAUCUCUAUGGUUUUGAAGAGUACUGCCGUUCUGCAAAUAUUCAGUUCAGAACUAUUCACCACCAUGAACCAAAAGUAAAAGAGGAAAAAAAAGACUUAGAAGAAUCAAUGGAAGAGACUCUAAAACUAGACCAAGAAAUGCCUUUAGUAGAAGUAAAGAGUGAACCCGAGGAAAAUAUUGAUUCAAACAGUGAAAGUGAAAGAGAAGAAAUAGAAUUAAAAUCUCUACGUGGACGAAGGAGAAUUGCUCGAGAUGCAAAUUCUAUUAAAAAGGAAAUUGAAGAAGAGAAAACAGAAGAUAAAUUAAAAGAUAAUGAUACAGAAAGUAAGGAUGUGAAUGAUGACUAUGAAACUGCAGAGAAAAAAGAAAAUGAGCUACUACUGGGGAGAAAAAAUACACCAAAGCAAAAGGAGAAGAAAAUUAAAAAGCAGGAGGAUUCUGACAGAGACUCAGAUGAAGAGGAAGAGAAAAACCAAGAGAGGGAAGAAACUGAAAGCAAAUGUGACUCUGAAGGAGAGGAAGAUGAGGAAGAUAUGGAACCCUGCCUAACAGGAACCAAAGUAAAAGUAAAAUAUGGACGGGGGAAAACGCAGAAAAUCUAUGAAGCCAGUAUUAAAAGCACUGAAAUUGAUGAUGGAGAAGUUUUAUAUUUGGUACAUUACUAUGGUUGGAAUGUGAGGAGAACAAUGCAAUCUAGCUGUAUGCCAGAUCACCUCUGUAGCAAUACCAAGGUCCACCUGAUUGUAAGGUAUGAUGAAUGGGUGAAAGCUGACAGGAUAAUCUGGCCUUUGGACAAAGGUGGACCAAAGAAAAAACAGAAGAAAAAAACUAAAAAUAAAGAAGACAGUGAAAAAGAUGAAAAGAGGGAUGAAGAGAGACACAAGUCAAAACGGGGACGACCUCCUUUAAAAUCUACCCUUUCAUCAAGCAUGCCAUAUGGUUUGUCUAAGAUUCCAAACAGUGACGGAAAAUCAGACUCUUGUUCAUCUGAUAGUGAAACAGAAGACCUUUUAGAAAAGAAUUUGAUGAAUGAAGAACUUUCUCCUGAUAUUAAAGAAGAACUAGAAAAAAACGAAAAUUUAAAUGAUGAUAAACUAGAUGAAGAAAAUCCAAAGAUUGCUGCACAUGUAUUAAAGGAAAACGAUAGGACUCAAAUGCAGCCUUUUGAGACUUUGAAAUUAGAUAUUGAAGAGAAUGAACAAAUAGUACAGAUUUUUGGAAAUAAAGUGGAACAAACAGAAGAAGUUAAGAAAGAGGCAGAAAAGUCCCCUAAAGGAAAAGGGAGACGAAGCAAGACAAAAGAUCUUUCUUUAGAAAUUAUCAAGAUUUCAUCAUUUAGUCAAGAUGAAGCAGGAAAUGAAUCUCAUAUAGAAACUCACAGUCUAGAAUUUCCUUCGCUAGACAAUAAAAACUUUUCUUCUGCUACUAAAGAUGAAAUUGACCAAUGUGCAAAAGAAAAAAAGUUGAAACGGAAAAUACUGGGACAUUCAUCACCAGAGAAAAAAACAAGAAUUGAGAAUGGAAUGGAAAUGACAAAUAGCAUAUCUCAAGAAAGGACCAGUGAUUGUGUUGCAUCUGAGGGAGUGAAAAACUUAAAUUUUCAGCAACACUUUGAAAUAGAAAAUGAAGGAAUGCCAUCUUUGAUAGCAGAGUCAAACAAAGGCAUUCAGGAAUUGACUAGUGAGAAAUUUGAUAGUCCAGCUGAAGAAACUGUAAAUACUCCACUGAAGGAAGAGGAGGAUACAAUGCCUCUGAUUGGGCCUGAAACCUUGGUUUGCCAUGAAGUGGAUUUGGAUGAUCUGGAUGAAAAGGACAAGACCAGUGUUGAGGAUGUAGUAGUUGAAAGCUCUGAGUCUAACUCUCUUGUUUCUAUUCCAUCCACCCUACCUCCUGUAGUACAGCAUAACUUUUCAGUAGCUUCACCACUUACUCUCAGUCAAGAUGAGUCUCGAAGUAUAAAAAGUGAGAGUGACAUAACCAUAGAAGUGGAUAGUAUUGCUGAAGAAUCUCAAGAAGCCCUCUGUGAGAGGGAAUCAGCAAAUGGAUUUGAAGACACCAUCGCCUCUGCUGCCUGUAGUAUAAUUGUUCAAGAAAGAGAGAGCAGAGAGAAGGGUCAGAAAAGACCAAGUGAGGGAAACAGUGGAUUACUGGCAAAAAAGCAAAAGCGUACUCCAAAGCGAACAAGUGCUGUAGCCAAAAAUGAAAAGAAUGGAGCAGGACAAAGUAGUGAUAGUGAAGAUAACUCAAGUAAAUGUACCCCAGUAAAGCAUCUUGGUGUAUCUAAGCCACAGAAGCUUGCACGAUCUCCUGCAAGAAUAUCCCCUCACAUCAAAGAUGGAGAAAAAAAUAAACACAGAGAAAAACAUCUGAAUUCAUCCCCUAGGACAUAUAAGUGGAGCUUUCAACUCAAUGAAUUAGAUAAUAUGAACAGUACAGAGAGAAUCUCUUUUCUCCAAGAAAAACUACAGGAAAUCAGAAAAUAUUACAUGUCUUUAAAGUCUGAAGUUGCAACCAUCGACAGGAAGAGAAAAAGAUUAAAAAAGAAAGACAGAGAAGUGUCUCACGCAGAAGCCUCCAUGUCAUCUGCUUCAUCAGACACUGGAAUGAGUCCCUCAUCAUCAUCUCCCCCACAAAAUGUACUUCCUGAAGAAUGGAGGUGAUACUCGUUUCCUCUGCCUUCUCAGCAGUUUGCUGCCAUGGACAUAAAUCCCAAAACUCUGAAAUACAACCACAGAAAGCACUCAACUGGCUUGACAUUGCUAAGUACCUAUAUCCUGUUGACCCUUCCAGGCUGGAUGGUAUCUAUUCCCUUCUUUUCUUUUUUCUGUUGCAAAAAAUAAGCUGAUUAAUAACUGAAAUUUAGGCAGUCUAAUGUAUUUGUCAUAAUUUUUCUUCCAUAUUUUUUAUUUUUUGUGAAGAUAGAAAAAGGGCACUUAGCAAAUAUGAAUUUGUAUAAUAAAGCUUUCAGGUGUUAUAGAAAUCAUAGACAGGCAAGUGCGCAUGCUAAACAUCAAAACAUUAUCCAGCUGAAUAGUUACUGCUGCACUUUCACUAAGGUGGACUGAACACUUGGUGAGUAGGGGGUUUAUGUUGUGUGUUUUUGUUUUUAUUGUCGUCGUUGUUUUUUAUUUUUGUGGAAGCACUUGCUAUGUAGAACUGCCAAAGUAUAUGUUCAGCAGUGUGCCCAGGUUUAAAGUGUAAAUGGGACAAAAUAAAUUGUGAAAGGAAGUGUAGUUGACUGAAAACUAGUUGUAAUAAGUCUUCCACUUUUUAUAGUAUUUUUGAGCACACAAUUAUGCAAAUAUUUUAAUGUUUAUUAAUGUUUACAGUGGAAUUGUGAAUAAGUUUUCAGUGGACUAUCUUAUCCCUUGACAAAAAUAUUUUGUCUUUUUUCUAUGUAAUUUCAGAGUUUUUAUUUUGUUACAAAAAGACAAAAAUGAAAUAUAUAACAACAAUGAAGUUAUUUAACAAGAUUUCUAAAGCUGAAAUUUUUGUGUAAAAUAAGGUAUUAUCUUGCAACUUGUUAAAUAUAUUUAUUCAGACAUUGGAUGUUGUAUUUUUAUGUAUUUUUUAAAAUAUUAAUAAAAUUGAAAAAAAGAAAAAUCUAGGUUAAUUCACUUUUUGGAUGACGUAGCUCUCAGCUGUCCCUCUUACAGGAUGCUGCACCAGCAGCUCUGCUUGUAUUGAAGGGAGUCUGUCUCAGUCCUUCACACGGUAUGAUCUAUGAAUGGGCAUCUGGAUCACUAAAGUACAUCCUCUUUUAGACACUUUGGCAGUCCUAGUAUUUAAACUGUUUUGAGGAUCAAAUUUUUGGUUGCCCUUAAGAUACUUUGUCACAGUUUUUAUGUUUGCUAUUACUGCCGAAUGAAUUUAUAUCUCCCAAAGUUGAGAUGCAACAACCAAGUAAAGCAAUUAUGUAUGCUAUGUCUGUGAAUUGUUCCACAGACUGAUACAUUUUGUAAAUAAUUCUUCCAAAAUCGUGUAUUUAAAGCAGUUUUGCCAUAUACAUUAUGUAAAAACGUGAUUUUUUAAAAUCGGUUUUUAAAUUCAUGUUUGUACAUUGAAAGUUUUUUUUUUUAACUUCCUUUCUGUGUUUAAUAUGCUGUAGAGUAAUAACCUAGAUGCUCUAGACUGUAUAUCAGGAUCUGAUUUACACCAACCAAGUCAGAGCCAAACACUAGUGAUGGCAUAGCAUUACUAAAAUCAUUGUUUCUUAAUUUCAUUUUACCACAUUGUGAACUUGUGAUUCAGAAUCCUUCCAUUUUCACAGAGAAUUAAAAACAAAAAAGUACUCUUGUAAAAUGCACCUCUCUGUCUUUUCUUUACAAAGCAGAAGUAUUUCAAUGUAAAAUAAAAAUAGAGCUCAGUGGGCAGUAUUAAUAAAGGCCAUGUUUUAAACAUA